GUGGCCACUGGAUCCCAUGGUUUUGAGGCGCCAUGAGACCCGCUGGCUCUUGGAAGCUUUGGUUCUGGGCAGCGAUGCUCCUGCUUCCUGCUUCCGCUUCCGUGGUGAGCAGGGACAAGCCAGAGAAACAAUGUCCUAUACUGAGGAAAGAGGGACACCAGUUUACACCAGACUACAGAGAUAAAGUUGAAGUUUCAGGUUUUGACCUAGGAGAGCGCUUUUCUCUGAGACGUGUGUUUUGUGAAGGUGAUAAAACUUGUAUCAAAUUGGGAAGUUCACGUCUUAUUAGAGACACCAUUAAGGUGUUUCCCAAAGGCCUUCCUGAGGAGUUCGCCAUAGCAGCCAUGUUUCGGGUACGAAGAAGCACCAAAAAGGAACGGUGGUUUCUGUGGCAGGUUUUAAACCAGCAGAAUAUGCCACAGGUUUCUAUAGCAGUUGAUGGUGGAAAGAAGAUGGUGGAAUUUAUGUUCCCAGCUGUGGAGGGAGAUGUGUUGAACUACGUUUUUAAAAAUCGAGAACUCCGUCCUUUGUUUGAUCGUCAGUGGCAUAAACUUGGCUUCAGUAUACAAUCCCAGGCCAUUUCAGUCUAUACAGACUGUAACUUAGUUGCAAGCCGGCAUAUUGAUGGAAAGGGCACUGUGGACUUCCACGGAAGGACUGUUAUUGCAACCCGAGCUUCAGAUGGCAGGCCUGUGGACGUUGAAAUUCACCAACUUCAAAUCUACUGUAACUCGAACUUCAUAGCUCAAGAAACGUGUUGUGAGAUAUCAGACCCUAAGUGCCCAGAGCAGCAUAGCUUUGGAAGUACUGCAGCAUCAUUGGUACCCGCUCAUGCCAGUAGAAUGUCUGCAUUUCUGCCAGCAAAGCAGGAACUUACAGACCAGUGCCAGUGCAUUCCAAACAAGGGAGAAGCAGGACUACUGGGAGUUCCAGGCUCACCUGGACAGAAGGGGGACAAAGGAGAGCAGGGUGCAGUUGGUCUUAAAGGUGAAUUGGGUACUCCUGGAAUUCCUGGGGAAAAGGGCGAAAAUGGUUUACAUGGAGCUCCAGGCUUACCUGGUCAAAAGGGAGAGCAAGGCUUCGAAGGUAGCAAAGGAGAAAUUGGUGGAAAGGGUGCACAAGGAGAAAAAGGAGAUCCAGGUUUGGCCGGAGUUAAUGGGCAAGAUGGUUUGAAAGGUGACGUGGGUCCGCAUGGUCCACCUGGCCCAAAAGGAGAAAAGGGAGAUCUGGGACCUCCAGGACCGCCAGCCUUAACUGGCUCCCUGGGGAUCCAAGGCCCCCAAGGUCCACCUGGAAAAGAGGGUCAGAGGGGAAGACGAGGAAAACCAGGUCCUCCAGGAAAACCAGGGCCUCCAGGACCACCUGGACCUCCUGGAAUACAAGGAAUGCAACAGCCUCUUGAUGGAUAUUAUCACAAGGGAAACCUUGGUGAGCAUGGAGCUGGUGGCCCAAAAGGAGAGAAGGGUGAAAUUGGACCACCAGGAUUUCCAGGCUCUAUUGGCCCUAAAGGUGAAAAAGGAGAAUCUGGUGAACCCUUUACAAAAGGUGAAAAGGGAGAUAGAGGAGAACCUGGAAUAACAGGAUCACAGGGAGUAAAGGGCGAGCCUGGAGAUCCUAGCCCCCCUGGUGUAAUAGGAAGCUCAGGACUAAAGGGUCAGCAAGGACCUGCAGGCCCUAUGGGACCCAGAGGACCACCAGGAGAUACUGGAUUGCCAGGAGAACACGGUAUCCCAGGAAAACAAGGCAUUAAGGGAGAAAAGGGAGACCCAGGUGGGAUUAUAGGCCCUCCUGGACUUCCAGGUCCAAAAGGUGAGGCUGGUCCUCCAGGAAAAAGCCUGCCAGGGGAACCAGGAUUAGAUGGAAAUCCUGGAGCACCUGGCCCGCGAGGGCCAAAGGGAGAAAGAGGACUGCCAGGUAUCCACGGCUCCCCAGGUGACAUAGGCCCCCCAGGGAUAGGAAUUCCUGGCCGAACUGGCUCCCAAGGCCCAGCUGGAGAGCCAGGGAUUCAGGGUCCUCGAGGUCUCCCUGGGUUGCCAGGAGCUCCAGGGACCCCAGGGAAUGAUGGAGCUCCUGGGAGGGAUGGAAAGCCAGGGCUGCCAGGCCCUCCAGGUGACCCGAUUGCACUUCCUCUCUUGGGAGACAUGGGGGCCUUGUUCAAGAACUUCUGUGGCAACUGCCAAGCCAGUGUCCCUGGGCUGAAAAGCAACAAAGGAGAAGAAGCAGGCGCUGGUGAGCCUGGACAGUUUGAUUCUGUAGCCCAGAAGGGCGAUGUAGGGCCACGAGGUCCUCCAGGAGUCCCAGGCAGAGAGGGACUAAAGGGGAGCAAAGGAGAGCGAGGCUACCCCGGGAUACGUGGGGAGAAAGGCGAUGAGGGUCUUCAAGGCGUUCCGGGCCUUCCAGGUGCUCCUGGCCCGACUGGACCCCCUGGCUUGUUGGGAAGAACGGGACAUCCUGGCCCCUCGGGAACAAAGGGUAACAAGGGCAGCGAGGGACCCCCUGGGAGACCCGGACCACCUGGACCACCUGGUGUACCAUUCAAUGAAGGAAAUGGAAUGAGCAGUUUAUAUAAAAUCCAGGGAGGUGUGAACGCUCCCAGUUUUCCAGGGCCACCUGGCCCCCCUGGCCCCAAAGGUGAUCCUGGCCCAGUGGGAGAACCUGGUGUGAUGGGGUUGCCAGGAUUAGAAGGAUUUCCUGGUAUAAAGGGAGAUCGAGGCCCGGCAGGUCCCCCUGGAGUGGCGGGAAUCUCGGGGAAACCCGGAGCCCCAGGCCCUCCAGGAAUUCCAGGAGAACCGGGUGAGAGAGGGCCUGUUGGAGACAUAGGUUUCCCUGGACCAGAAGGACCCUCAGGAAAGCCCGGAAUAAAUGGGAAAGAUGGAUUACCAGGUGCACAGGGCAUCAUGGGUAAGCCUGGAGAGAGAGGCCCCAAAGGAGAACGGGGUGAUCAGGGAAUUCCAGGAGACCGAGGCCCACAGGGUGAACGUGGAAAACCAGGCCUUCCAGGCAUAAAGGGAGCCAUAGGUCCUAUGGGGCCCCCAGGAAAUAAGGGCUCCCCGGGGCACCAAGGCCUUCCAGGCCACCCAGGCCUCCCCGGCUCCCCGGCUGAUGUGGUUUCAUUUGAAGAAAUAAAGAAGUAUAUUAAUCAAGAGGUUCUGAGGAUUUUUGAAGAGAGGAUGGCUGUGUUCCUGUCCCAGCUCAAGCUACCAGCAGCAAUGCUGGCUGCCCAAGCUCAUGGGAGGCCUGGUCCACCAGGAAAGGAUGGGUUGCCUGGGCCACCAGGAGACCCUGGGCCCCAAGGCUACCGAGGACAGAAGGGAGAAAGAGGGGAACCGGGAAUGGGGCUUCCAGGGAGCCCAGGUCUUCCUGGGACCUCAGCUCCGGGCCUGCCAGGCUCACCAGGUGCCCCAGGGCCCCAGGGCCCCCCAGGACCCAGUGGAAGGUGUAACCCAGGAGACUGCCUGUAUCCCGUCUCUCACGCCCGUCAGCAGACGGGUGGGAAAUAACCAUACCUGAGGACGACUUGAUUCCCAGCCAUCCCUCCUUGACGUUGGAGCUUUCUUAAUACUGUCAGACCCUCACGAUUCAUGGGUGACUUUUUUUUUUGAUGUAGGCCAGACAUUAAGAGCAAAAAUUGGAAUCCUAUUCCUAUAGUAAUGGUGAUAUCAGCCUUUUUAGAAUUUUUCCAAAUUCAUUCCAUGUGUCUUGUUUCACCAUUAUUAUGAUUUUUAUUCAGAGUUUUCUUUGAAAUAUGCAAGCAAAUCAUAUCAUUAGUUCUUCUUCAAGAGGAAGUGACAUCUUAUGAUUUAGCAGACUGACGGCGAUGUACGUUUUAUAAUCUCAUCAACUUGUAUUUGGCCUUUGAUUUCUGAAUUUUACAGUUUCAGACUUACCUGAAAGUUUUCUUGGUGUUUAAAUUUACUAGCAUUGCUAAAAAUCUCAUCACCUUUUUUGAUAUAGUGCAUUGUUCCUGCUGAACGUUUUUUGACUCCUUUUUAUAGCUUAAGAAUUCUUAUACCAUCCUGUAUCCAUUCUACUUAUUCAGAGAAAUAGAUAGGCAAUAAGACCUUCACUUCAUAACUUAUAUUUUGGAAGAAAACCCAGGCGGCCGUUUUAUCAGGGAGCCCAAAAUCCUACCAUAGCCAACUGCUGAAAUGAUUUUGUCGAUUCUGUGUAAUGAGCUCCAUUCAAAGCAAUCCCACCGGCAUGAGUAUGUCCUGCAUAAGAAGGGAGGCAAGAAGUCAAAGCCCAGCACUGUGGCCCCUGCACUGAGUUUCUCAUUUGGGAAACAGAAAGCUGUUUUCCCUAGAAGGUAUCUGGUGGUGAAGGCACCAAGCUGUCUUUAGUACUUUCGAAGCUUAAAGGGCCUCGCAAGGUCUUUGGGCCCCUGUAUCCAUUACCCUUCUGACCUCAUGACUCUCAGAGUUUAAAAACCAGCCAUCAGAACAAAGGAUGGGACUUGUAGCAACUGGAAAAGAAACCCCCUUGACCUAGAAGAUGAAUGUGCAGUGUCAGCAGACACAUAUUGCCAAGCCCAGAAGCUCUGGUGGAGAAGGAUGUUUCUCAGAAGCUGCAGCAAGAGGUGCGGGGCAGAGAAGGAAAGCCACGAGACCCAACAUGCAGCCGGCACCGAGACCAAAGAGGCCACGCACUGCAGGGAAACAGGCACUGCCCGGACCACGUCCUCUGGCCAGGAACGAGAAUGUGUGAUUGCCAACCACAUGGCUAAACGGUUCUUCUAUUGCCUGGCUCUACAUUAUUUUGAGAAACUGUUGGUUGAAAACAAUGGAUUUCCUAGGGCACCGAGCAUGAGGAUAUUGCUGACGUCUAAGUGGUGGGUCCCAGGGAUGCUGAGAGCGCCCAGAGCCCCCCCGCUGCAGACAUCCCAUCCCGAGGCCGUCGGGGCAAGCUGGGGAAAGCUGUGAGCAGGGUCUUGUGGGGAGCGUUGCUACAUGAAGGCGGCUUCGUUCAAACGCACCCAGGGUUUCAACUGGGUUUCACUGUAGACGGAUGAACUGCUGGUCAGGUACUGUCUACGUGGCUGUGCGUACAUGCAACCUUUUCAUUAUUUCAUGUUGAAUGAUGCUGUAUAUUUCACUUCCAAGUUUAUUUAUUUUCUU